GAUGUUCCUUAAUUCUGAAAGAAUAAAUGAAGUGAAAGACCAAUCAAUUUAGAAUUCAUAAUUUAGUUCGAAGCAACAACAAAAGGGAAGGUCAAAUAAUAUGAAUCGAUUUUAAGUUAAAAAGAAAGAUGAACCUAAAUAAGAUAAUUAAUCUCUGAGUAGAAUUUAAUAAGUAAAUUAUAAUUAUAUGGCUUAAGAGAGAAAUAGAAAUUUAAAAGAAAUAAGCUGAAUCUUAGAAUCGAGAUGAUAAUGAUAUGGUUGAGAGUCUUGUACAAUUUGAUUCAGAAGAUGAAUAAAAUGGAUCAAAUUAGAUUAUUAACCCUUUAAUUCUUAACCAUUAGGAAUUUGAAGAGUAAAAUGUAAAUAUAUAUCUUAUUUUAAGAAAUAAUAACAUGUAAUUUAAUCGAAACCAAAGACCUUUAAUUCAAUCAGUACAUUAUAAAAUAAUGUUUAAUAUAAAAAGAAACUUGGUGAAAAUGAGUCUUCUUAUGAUUAAGAGUUUGAUUUUAAUUGGAAUUAAGUAAGAUAAUUAUAACAUUUUUAGUUAACCAUCAUUGGAAACAAUCAUAAUUAGUAUUUUGAACCAGGAUAAUAAUUCGUUUAAACCAAUGAUCUUCCUCAACUUACUAAAUAAAACAAUAAGAAUAAUUUUGAUUAUAUAAAAAAAAUUUAGGAUAAUUAAAAUUAGUAAAAUAAUAAUGAAGAUUAAAUUUUAAAUGAUUUAUCAAAAAAUCAAUAAUUAGAUUAAUAAAAUGAAAAAUUUUAUGACAUUAUUUAAAUAGAUGGUGGUCAAUCUGAUAAUUGUAUUUAAAAUACUGAUGAAAAUAAAGAAAAUUCAAAUCAUAAUAUUUUUUAAAAUAUAAAAAAUGAAGAAGAGAAAUAGGAAAAUAAAGUUAUAGAAGAAAAUACUUCUAAAUAAAUAGUUGAAGAAUAAUUACCUUAAUAAUAAGUGGAGUAGUAAUAAUAAUAAGAAUAAGUAAUUUAGCAAAAUUAAACAUGCCCAUAUCCAAAACCAAUAGCUUCAAUAUCAAUGCCAUAUGGUAAAAAACAUUUUGUGUUGAAUCCAGCAUAAAAAGGUGGUAUGAUUUAAUGUACAAUAAAAAGAGAUAGAAGUGGAAUGUGUAGAUUUUAUCCAAAAUAUCAUAUGCAUUUUUCUAAUGGAUUUUUGUAUUUAAUGAGUGCAAAAAAGAGGGCAUGUAAUAAUACAAGCAAUUAUAUUAUUUCAUAAUCGAGAGAUGAUAUGGAAAAAAGUGAUAAUUUCAUAGGUAAAGUAAGAAGCAAUUUUAUGGGAACUGAGUUUAUUCUGUAUGAUUCAGGGUUAAAUCCUGAAAAAACAAAAGAUCCAUAAAAAUUUAGACAAUAAUUAGGUGUAGUUCAAUAUGAAAGUAAUUUACUUGGGGCAAAAGGACCUCGGAAAAUGGUGGUAAUCAUUUGAGUUAAUGAAGGUCUUAUUACCAAAUUUAAAUGAUUAAGAUUAAUUAUAUGAAUUCAAACCUUCUAAUUCAAAGGAUGGAAUGAUAAAGGAAUAUUUAAACAACAACAGAGACUAAAUUGUUACUUAUGUUAAUAGACCUCCUUAAUGGAAUAGCAGGCAUAAAGCAUUUGUUUUAAAUUUUUAUUAAAGAGUUGAUAAACCUAGCGUUAAAAACUUUCAACUCAUUGUAGAUAAAAAGGAGGAUAAUAUAUUACUAUAAUUUGGUAGGGUUGGUGAAGAUCUUUUCAAUUUAGAUUUCUAAUAUCCUAUCACUCCACUAUAGGCAUUUUAAAUUGCAUUAACUAGUUUUGAUUACAAAAUUGCAUGUGAAUGA